UUGAAGAAGAGUUCUUGUUUUGUACCUCAGUUUUUCUCUUUUUGGACAAUUUCUCCUGAAACACCGCAGAACCGAGUGCGGGUCGGCGUGGUGGUGCAGAGCGGGCUCGGCGGUACUGUUCCGGGGCUGUAGCGGCAUCGUGGAUCGGCUUGCGAGGUGUUGAGUUGUUAGUAAAUCUUUAUUUAAUUAAUUUCCUGAGGAGAGGAGGACUGCUGCUGCCGCUGCUGCCGCUGCUGCUGCCGCCGCCGCCGCCGCUGCUCAAGUGAGUGGAGGGAGAGAGGGAGAGAGAGAGGGGGAGGCAGCAGAGGCAGCACAGAGUGGUGGAGUCCAGUCACACGACCAGGUGCGGCUCUUUAAUGCUUCAGUUGGAUGGUUUUCCUACUGGAGACGGAGUUAAGGCUGAACAUUCCCCUGGACCAGCUGGCAGACUGACUGGAUCCAUGAUGGAAUUACAGACGUUACAGGAGGCUCUGAAAGUGGAGAUCCAAAUCCAUCAGAAACUGGUUGCCCAGAUGAAGCAGGACCCACAGAACGCAGAUCUGAAGAAGCAGCUCCAUGAACUUCAAGCAAAGAUCACAGCCCUCAGUGAGAAGCAGAAAAAGGUUGUAGAACAACUUCGAAAAGAGUUGCUGGUCAAACAGGAACCCGAGGCAAAGGUGCAGCUGCAGGUUCAAAGCCAAUCAACAGGGGGUGACAACAAGCAGGCUGCCCUCCUCCAGAGCCCCUCUAGCCAGCAGAGCCCCACCCAGAUCCCUGGGGGGCUGCAACAGACUCUGACCGUCACACCGGUCCUCACCACUAAGACUCUACCUCUGGUGCUGAAAGCUGCAGCCACGCCUGCCCUGCCCACCUCUGUCCUGCCACAACGCCCUCCCACUGUUGCUAUGGUUACCACAGCCAUCACAAAACCCGACUCACAGAACUCUCCCAUCAACCUUCAGGUGGCUAGCAAGCUGACCAGUCAGAAUCCAGAGCCUGUGCGACUAGUUUCCAAGAAUGCCAUGAUGGUGCAGGCCACCACCACCACCUCUUCUGCCCAGCCAAUCAAAGUUCCUCAGUUUGUCCCUCCUCCUAGACUGACGCCUCGACCCACCUUUCAGCCACAGGUCAGGCCAAAACCAGCCACACCCACCAAUGUGCCCAUCGCCCCAGCCCCUCCCCCUCCCAUGAUGGCGGCCCCCCAGCUGCUGCAACGUCCACUGAUGCUGGCCACCAAGCUGUCAGCCUCCUCUCUGCCCUCCUCAGCUGCACCCAUACACCAGGUCCGCAUCGUUAAUGGCCAGCCCUGCACUAAGACCCUCCCCACGGCACCUCUGACUGGCAUUGUCAUCACUACGCCGGUGUCUGCCACAGCCACUCGCCUUACCAGCCCCACUCACACCCCCAACCCUGACCCCAGUCCCACCCCACCCAUUCAGAUCAGCAGCCUAGCUCCUGAUACAAAGACUGUAAAAGGAGUGGGUGUGGCAGAACGCAAGGCUGUUUUGAACCCCCCCUCCUCCACACCCUCUGUGUCGCCACCUCCUAGACCUAAGAAAGAAGAAAACCCACAGAAACUUGCCUUCAUGGUGUCCUUGGGACUUGUUACACAUGACCAUCUAGAGGAAAUUCAGAGCAGAAGGCAAGAGCGUAAGCGAAGAACGACAGCCAAUCCUGUGUACAGUGGAGCUGUGUUUGAGCCUGAGAGGAAAAAGAGUGCAGUCAGUUACCUGAACAGCCCUUUGCACCAGGGGACCCGGAAGAGAGGUCGCCCACCCAAAUACAGCAGCCUCCCGGAGCUGGGCAGCCUCACCCCGACCUCCCCCUCCAGCCCGGCCCCCGAGCGGCCCUCCCCUGUCCACCCCCCUGUCCACACCCUCCCCCUGCCCAGCCCCAGCUCUGGGGAUGGAGACAUCCAUGAGGAUUUCUGCACUGUGUGCAGACGCAGUGGCCAGUUGCUCAUGUGUGACACGUGUUCGCGUGUUUACCAUCUGGACUGCCUGGAUCCACCCCUGAAAACCAUUCCUAAAGGCAUGUGGAUCUGUCCAAAAUGUCAAGAUCAGAUCCUGAAAAAAGAAGAAGCCAUGCCUUGGCCUGGCACCCUGGCUAUUGUUCACUCCUACAUCGCUUACAAAGAAGCUAAAGAAGAAGAAAAACAGAAGCUCAUGAAGUGGAGUUCUGAACUGAAACUGGAGCGAGAGCAGCUGGAACAGAGAGUCAAACAGCUGAGCAGCUCUAUAACGAAAUGCAUGGAGACCAAAAACAGCAUCUUGGCUCGACAAAAAGAGAUGCAGCUUUCUCUUGAGAAGGUUAAACACCUGAUUCGCCUCAUCCAAGCCUUCAACUUCAACCAGGCUCUAGUGGAGAGAGAAGGGAAUGACAUACCCCCUGGGGACUCCACCCGCAUCCAGAGUGGUGGUGAGGGUGUAGCAAACCGUGAGGCUACAGUAGAAGGUCACUCUAUGGAGAAGGUGAUGGUUGGAGUUACUGCGACCAGCAGCAACCUGGAUGCAACCAGGAAAAGAGACCAGCAUGGAAUGGCUGGAGCACAAGGUGAAGAUCCCCAUGGCCAGUUAGACCCGAGAGCCACUAAGAGCUCUGCUGGGCCUGGAGAGGAGACGGGGACCAAGUUAGAAACUGAGGCAGCCCCAAUGUCUGAAACUGACAGCUCUUCUCUGACUGCUGCUGCCACCACCAAUGGCACCUCUGAGUCAGCCUGCUUGGAAGGCAGCUCAGCAGGAAGCUGCACUACCAACACUACCACCAAGUCUGAGAGUAAGAUGGUCGUCACUAACAAUCCAGAGACGGACAUAGAGAAGAAACGGGAAGAGGUCACCAACAAUGAUGGCAACAACAGCAAAACCUCAGAAACCUCCCAGCAUCCUUUGCCAGCUCUUGUCAGCAGUUUGGACGAUAAAAAGUAAUGCUGCGUUUCUUGUGUUGUGGGAAUCUAAACCUAAAUAAUGAAAAGACUUUUUGCUUGCACCUUCUGGUGCCCUGAAGUUGCCAAUCUGUAUAAAUGUUGUUUGUUUGCAUCGUAUUGUCAGACUGUGUCAAUGGUAGAUAUACAGUCCAAAUCACGUGGCGCUGGGAAGAUUUAGGCUUCAACCCAGAGAGUCAUCAUGCCAACUAGUGGUAGGAAGGAGUAGGAAAGGUCAGAGGUAAAUCCAUCACACCAGUGUGUGCCUGCUCUCUGAAUGGGUGGUGGUGGGGGUUAUUCUGAUGCCACAUGAUUUUAAGAAGCCAAGCUUCUGACUGGAUGUGGGUUCUGGUUUGGGGGGUAUUUAGGGCCUGGGAUCUGACAGGGCAGGGAGACUGGUGAGCCCGCUGUCCAUCCUCCAGCAAUUUCUGACAACAUGGAACCAAAGCUCCUACAGACGGUGGUGAUGAUAAGCAGCAGUAUUUCUUUAGUGGGAAACAUCCAGGGUUUAGACAUCCCUCCUCCCUGUCCAUCCCCUCACCCAUAAACACAAGUGUGGACUAAGCAGUGAGAGGUCUGCACCCAGGCACUGAAAACAAGCUUGUGUCAAUGUGGAGUGGGAACAUGGUAGCCUAACAGAUGUUUUCAGUGGUGUCGGUCAAGUGUAGUGAUUGAGUUUCAUUUGUGAGUCAAGUUUGUCAACUGUGAGCACUAAAUGUGAAAUUGCAAUAUUGCAAUGUCAACACACAAAACUAUCUAUAUCUGGGCUGUGUUUCUUUUUAUAGGAAAAGAUAUUCAGGUCUUCCUAGUCUUCAGAAGUGCUUUCUGUUCCUGACCCUGUUGGACUGGCAUUGUGAACACAAAGUAAUCCUCUUUUGGAAGUGGUGAUCUUUGUUAUUAUGUAUAUUUUGUUGAAAUCUGAACUGCCAAAAUGCUAAUGUAUCCAAACCCAGCAGGGACAAGUCCACUUACUGUAUUGAAAGAUCAAGGCAUUGUUGUUGUGGAAUCUAGAUUCUACCAUUUGAGAAACUGCAACUCCCCACACAGACAGACAGACAGACAGACAGACAGACAGGCUUAUGAAACAAUAACCUUAAAGGGACUUCUUUUCUUUGACAUGGAAGGAUUUGUUGUAUGUUUAAGGAAAUACCACAAAUCCUGAGAUUAAAGCACAAGCUUGCUGCAUAACAAAGAAGUGCUGAAGAGCUUUUUGUAUGUUAAUCUGGAACUAAAGAGUAUGCAUCUCUUUCUUGUCAUGUGACUUAUCCCCACAUUGCCAAUAUUUUUUAGGGGCAAUCUAAACCUCUGUGUGACUGAUUCAGGAGGAAUGCCUAGGUUUGUGUCUCCAACUCACU